AUGUCGGCCCAGAAGAGUGAGGAUUCGAAGGGCAAGGAGGUUCUCACCCGAGAGCCGUCAGUAGGUAAUGGCGGGCUCGAAGUCGUCGACGACCAACAGGUGUCCGAUUUCUACGGUAGCUCCGUCAGCGACAGCUACCGGUUGAAUCUUCUAGUCGUGUUUAAUUCGUGUGUGCUAUUCAGGUUCCAAUGGUACCUCUUCGUGGUGGGGGGCAUGGGUUGGGUAGUGGACAAUUUCUUUAGUCAAGGAAUAACCGCUAUCAGACCGCCGGUAGCAAACGAGUUCACCGAUAUUACACAUCUAAGCUUCAGCUCCGUCGCCUACUAUGUUGGGCUGAUCAUUGGAGCGUCCUUCUGGGGCAUCACGGCAGACCUCAUCGGACGCAAGCCUGCUUUUAAUGCCACAAUUCUGAUCGGUGGUAUCUUCGCCUGCGCGUCAGCUGGGUCACAGAACUUCGUAACGUUCUGCUCGCUUUGGGCUGUUAUUGGCACAGCUGCAGGCGGUAACGUCCCUGUUGACAGCAUUAUUUUCCUGGAAUUCAUACCCCAAGAACGCCAGUGGUUGUUGGCAAGCCUGUCCGCAUGGUGGAAUUUGGGACAAGUCAUUGUCUCGUUGGUGGCGUGGGUGUUUCUGGCAAACUAUGCUUGUGAGAGUUCCGAAGCUCCCUGCGCUGCGAGUUCAAACAUGGGUUGGCGGUAUGUUAUGAUCACGCUAGGUUCCCUCGCCAUCGCCUUCGCCCUCAUCCGAAUUCUCGUGUUCAAGAUGCCCGAGUCACCACGAUACCUAUUGUCAAGGGGGCGUGACGCCGAGGCAGUCGAUGCUGUCAAUUAUGUGGCUCGAUACAACGGAAAGCCCGAAACCUUGACCCUGGAUAUGCUCAAGGCGAUCGAUGCAGCUCAGUCUGGGCUGAUCAUCCAAGAGGAACAGAGUGAAAGCACUUCGCCUGCAGUUGCCGAGAAGAAGGCGCCACUGUCCUACAAGCAGAUCAUCGCCGAGAAUUUCAAGGACUACAGCAGUCAUAGCUACCGCAAGCUCUUUGCAAGCCGCAAGAUGGCUCGACACAGUUCGGUGAUUUUUCUCAUCUGGUUGACCAUCGGCGUGGCAUACCCGCUCUAUUUCGCUUUCAUCACAUCCUACCUCCAAACGAAAACGACCUACUCCACGAACAACUCACUCAACCACACUUACAUGGUCUAUUGCAUCGUCUCAGUAGUUGGCGUGGUCGGCCCAAUUGCAGCUGGUUUCUGCGUUGAAACGCGCUUGGGGCGGCGCUGGAUGAUGGCCCUGUCCGCGAUGCUAACUGGUGUUUUUCUGUUCGCAUACACAAGCGUUGGUACAGAGGCAGCAGACAUCGGCUUUCAAUGUGCGACCGCCAUUCUUGGCAACUUUGAAUAUGCAAUCAUGUUCGCAUUUACGCCAGAGUCAUUCCCUGCCCCAGUCAGGGGAACUGGAACUGGGAUUGCGGCGGCAUUGCUACUAACACAAGCCACCCCUGCUAUUCACCCCCAUUUUCGACCCGAUGCCUGCAGGGGGACAAUGCUCCACUCCCAUUGCCCGUGA